AGUUUAUCACAUUCAGGGUUGGUGUUCAAGAGAAGAGGGUUGAGGAUCAUGUCUAACAGGGUGGAGAUCAGAAAGAAGGCUCGAGAUAUAGAGCUUUGGGAACUAAGGCAAAUGCUGCAGGAUCCGAGUAUUGAUAUUUUGAAUGAUGUUGAUGCCAAGUUCGAGAAAGACCCUGAUAGAAUAAUCACGGAACUUGAAUUAAAACAUAAAAAACCUCAAAACGAUUUUAUGAAUAAGCUAUCUUUACCCAAAGGUUCUGAAGCUCCGAGGGAAUUACGAAGAAAAGAAUUUGUUUUAAGAAAUUCAACUUUAACAAAUCUUUGGAGAAGUCCUAAUGUACGCUCUUUAUACAACUUAAUUCUUGCUUUUUUUGUAUUCCUGUACCUGCACAUCGCUAUCUUCUAUUACUUUAAUGUUGAACGGUUAAAAAGAGAUUUAGCAUUGGUUUCAUGGUCAUUUGGUCAGUUUCACAUUGUUACUGCCGUAUGGAUUGGCAUCAACUUAUCGAUUGUUUUCUUUUUACAUCCUGUCUUUCGAUUCUGGGCUUCUUCUAGAGCAUUUGCGAAGAAGAAGGGCCUUUAUGAUUUGAUGUUUUGCACUUUAUUCGUUUUGUAUGAAGCGGCUUUGCUGAUAAUUCCACCAAAAAUAAUCAUAGACUGCAAUAUACCACCCGCAUCAUCUUGCGCGUUAGUAAUGGAACAGUUUAGACUUUUUAUGAAGAGUUAUGCAUUUGUUCGAGAAAACAUUAACAGAGUUUUAAAGUAUAAGCUCCAUCAAGAUGAUGAUGAGGAAUCAAACUCACCUCCUUGUCUAGAAGUAGGAAAACUGAUAUAUUUUUUAUUUGCACCUACAUUAAUUUACAGAGAUAGCUAUCCAAGAUACAAAAAGGAAAAAUCCUUCGAAUAG